AGAGCCCCAAACUUUCUUUUCCCUGGCGACAUCAACCAGCUCUCACUCAAAAAAAGGACUUUGGCUGGCUGUUACAUCAAAUAAAAUGUAACAUGUAUUUUCAACGUAAUAAUUUCAUGUUUCCAAGAUGAACGUGAUGAAAACAUGUAUGGUUUGCAUGAAUCGCAACAACUACACAUUUAUUAGAUUCAUUCAUGUUGAGAUAAACUGACACAAAGGGAUUAGGGUACAUAUGAUUCCCACUCCAGAGCAGAAGGUGGCGGUAUAACCACCAAUAAACUGGAUACCAACUAAUGUAAUCAGAGACAAAAAUCAAUCUACUUUUAAAUGUUCACGGUUGUAAAGAUGUGAAACGACAAACAAUAAGACAUGCUACAUUCUUGACUGCUCUUGGACACUUCCAUGGAUGUAUUAAGAGAACUCUGCCAGACUCUGUCAUUGUAUUAUUUUGUCCGCGAUCUGGCGGGAAAGGUUUUUCCCUGCAUCCUGUGUGCACUCGCGAUAUUUGGGCUUAACCGUAAACUUAACCAUCAUCAUCGCGAGAGAGGAUCAUUGAGACAAGAAAGACCGAUGGCGAAAGUUGGAGGAGGUCUAUGGACCAUUGGUGUGAUCACCAAACUGGACCUGAUGGAUGAAGGGACAGACACACGAGACAUCCUGGAAAACAAACUACUGCCGCUCCACAGAGGUUACAUCGGGGUGGUGAACCGCAGUCAGAAGGACAUUGAUGGAAAGAAAGACAUCCGCGCUGCUUUGGCUGCUGAGAGGAAGUUCUUCCUGUCCCACCCGGGGUACAGACACAUUGCAGAACGCAUGGGCACACCACACCUGCAGAAGACCCUCAAUCAGGUGAAUGCAGAAUUUAAGAGAAUCACAACAAUUAAUUUGCAAUCCAAGUUCUUCUCUUCGCUGGAUAUUCACUCUACAAGCCUGAUCGACGUGUAUACCAAGAAAGGUGGAGUUCAAGGGAAGAAGAUCAAAAGCAUCAUGCUUCCCAUAACCCAGACUGACAGCAUUGACGUGAGACGCGAAUGCAUCCUCAAAGGUCUUUGUGUCUACUUCAAUGAAGAUCCAGAGAAGCUGGUGAACAUGAGCAUCGACAACAGCAGUCAAACGGCAAUGGCAGAGACGGUCUUCGGAAUAUUUGUCAUUCGACACGAAGGUGCAGAGCCUGGGGAUGACCCAGAGAACGUUGGGAUCAUUCUGGAGGGGCUCGAAGUGUUGGAUGAGUUGGGAAACGUAUCUUUUGCGGUGGCGAUGAUGUUUGCUCUCGUGUAUGCUCUAAACUUGAGCUACCCUCCAGAGCUGAAGUUUUCAUUUGAAACACUGCAGAAAAUAAUGAUGGAGCUAGAUGGAAACAGACUAUCCACAAAAGGACAAGUUCUCAAAACAUUGCUUUCCCGUGCCUAAUGUCACUGUUUGGGAUCGCCUCAUCUUCCAAACACGCAGCCAUCAGAGAUUCGGUGACUCACCUCUUUGACAGAAAUGUUGAUUGUAUGCAAGAAGUAUAAAAGUAAGCAUUCAAAGUUGGCUGUAUGGUUACGUGGACCUCACUGAGCAGAGGGCUGUGCGAGGAGGCAGAUGUUACCAUGUUGCCUUAUUUGGUCUACUGUUGAAAUUCAAGUUUGUUAUACUGUCCACCCUAAAGUUGAAACAUUUUAAUAUUUGGGAAGAAACUGUGUUUUUUCAAGCAUCUGUCAGUAUAAAGCUAUUUUGUGAAAUAUAUAUUAUAUUUAAUAACAGUGAAAGCCAGUCUGCUUAUUGGCUGAGAUGGUGUUCUUAAUGGGCUUUUUGUAUUGCAUGUUCUCUAAUCUGCAUACUUAGACUGACAGCAAUGACGUGAGACGCGAAUGCAUCCUCGUAUUAUAUUUCAUAUAAUAUUUGGGAAGAAACUUAAUUUUUUCAAGCAUCUGAAGCAUUGUUUCUCUUUGCCUAUUUUGUGAAAUACAAUUUUAUUUCAA